UAAACAAACAUUUUGCGCGCCUGUAACCGCGAGCACGGAUAAUCUGUGGAGUUGCGUCAAGCGCUAAAAUCCACUCCGCACGAUCGACGCGUUCGCCUUAUCUUACUGAUGUUUAUUGCAUUAAAAAAUUUCGGCGUUUUGCGUAGUCUCUCCCGAGCUAGAAAAAGUACGCACCUGAAAUAUUCCAACACGCGGCGUAAAACCAGCGAGCAGACGACCAAAAUGGUGUUCAAUUAUCCGGAGGCCCGACGCGAAGAUCUAGUGGAAGAUUAUCAUGGUGUUAAGGUUGCUGAUCCUUAUAGGUGGAUGGAAGAUCCAGAUUCAGAAGAGACUAAGCAGUUUGUCAAUGCCCAGAAUAAGAUAACACAGCCAUUCAUCAAUGAAUAUGAGUUCAAGGAGAAUAUCCAGAAGCAGGUGACCAAACUCUGGAAUUAUCCCAAGUGUUCAGCUCCAUAUAGAGAGGGGGAUCAGUAUUAUCAGUACAGAAAUACUGGCCUGCAGAAUCAGAGUGUUAUCUAUCAAUGGAAUGUGGAUAAUCCAGAAGCCAAAGUCUUCUUGGAUCCUAAUCUGUUGUCAUCUGAUGGAACCAUUGCACUUUCCGGGACAAAAUUCUCCAAGAAUGGCAAAGUUUUUGCCUAUGGCUUGAGUGCUAGUGGCUCUGAUUGGCUAGAGAUCAAAUUUCGUAAUGUUGAUACAGGUGAAGAUUACAAGGAGGUUUUGAAGAAAGUCAAGUUCAGUUCCAUGGCUUGGAUGCAUGACAAUGUGGGCUUCUUCUAUGGAGCUUACAUUAACAAAGAAGGCAAAGCUGAUGGUUCUGAGACUGAUUCCAAUGAGUUUCAUAAGUUGUAUUAUCACAAGUUGGGUACAGACCAAUCAGAAGAUGUAAUGGUUGUGGAAUUUGAAGAUCCUCAACUUAGAAUCAAUUCGUGUGUCAGUUAUUGUGGAAAUUACUUGGUAGUGACUGCAAUCAAAGGCUGCAAGAAUAAUUUGGUUUAUUUCGCCAAGUUAGACGGCGGUAUCACUGGAAAACUCCAACUUACUCCAGUUGUCACUGAAUUGGAAGCUGAUUAUGAAUACAUCACGAAUAACGAUACGAAGUUCUAUUUCCACACCAACAAAGAUGCGCAGAAUAAUCGUAUCAUUGUCAUCGACUUCAAUAAACCAGCCAAAGAAAACUGGCAGAAUUUAAUCCCUGAAGAUCCCAAGGAUGUUCUUGACUGGGGUAAACCAAUCAAUAAUGAUAAACUUGUCCUGUGUUAUCUUCGCGAUGUGAAACAUACAUUGUCCCUGCAUAAAUUGGAAUCCGGCGAGAAAAUCAUGGAUUUCGAUGUCGAUCUGGGAACGAUCAAUGGAACAUCAGGGAAACGUGAUCAUGACGAGAUGUUUUAUGGCUUUGGAUCUUUCCUCACGCCGAACACUAUUUAUAAAGUCGAAUUUUUAAAAGAUGGUGAAAUCAAACAGAGUGUGUUUCAUCAAACUAAAGUUGGCGAUCUGGAUCCCAGUCAAUACGUGAGCAAACAAGAGUUCUACAUAAGUAAAGAUGGCAGCAAAGUACCGAUGUUUAUCGUACACAAAAAGGAUUUUGUCCGGGAUGGAUCGCGACCGUGCAUGUUGUACGGUUAUGGCGGCUUCAAUAUCAAUAUCACCCCAUCAUUUUCGGUUUCGAGAUUGAUUUUCGUCAAUCAUUUUGAUGGCUGCUUUGUUGUAGCUAAUAUUCGUGGCGGCGGAGAGUAUGGUGAUAAAUGGCACAAUGGUGGUCGUUUUGCAAACAAACAGAACUGUUUCGACGACUUCCAAGUGGCUGCACAGUAUCUGGUCGAACAAAAAUACACGAAUUCUGAUAAGCUGGCGAUCCUGGGCGGUUCUAAUGGCGGUUUACUAGUAGCCGCCUGUAUUAAUCAAGCACCAAAUUUAUUCUCGACUGCUAUCUGCCAAGUUGGUGUAUUGGAUAUGUUGCGUUUCCACAAGUUUACGAUCGGCUAUGCUUGGAAAUCCGACUAUGGUUCAUCAGAAACAAAAGAAGGCUUUGAUUAUUUGUAUAAAUAUUCACCGCUGCACAACAUUCGUGUACCAGAAGGCGACACACAAUAUCCAUCUACAUUACUACUCACUGCCGAUCAUGAUGAUCGCGUCGUACCUCUGCAUUCUAUGAAAUUCAUCGCUGAAUUACAGCACACAGUCGGGAAAAGCCCGAAACAAACGAAACCGUUGAUGGUGCGCGUCGAAACGAAAGCUGGACACGGCGCUGGUAAACCAACAGCCAAAUUGAUUGAAGAAAUCACCGACACGCUGUGUUUUAUUGCUAAAACAUCGAAUUUGCAAUACAAAGAAUAAGAAUGGCCAUGUAACGCGAGAAACAAUUGAAAAUUGAACUCUUUCCGAACAAUUGUUUAUAAAUUUACAUUGGUUUGUAAACAAUUGUUGUAAAAACAUGUUUGCUCAGGAACUUUAAACGUUUGAAUAAGCCAUAUUAUCUAUAAGCGGGUUACUAUGCUAAAACUAACUAAUAAAGUGAAAUUUGAACAAA